AUGCAUUUCUCCGUCGUCGCCCUCCUCUCCCUCUCCGCCCUCGCUCUUGCGGCGCCGCAGGCCAACGUUGCGCCUACGUGCGGCAGAGAUAGCGACUGCACCAGCUUCUGCAGCGGAGGACCAUGCACGAAGCCGUUCUGCGGGCUGUCUGCUUUUGGUGACGACCGCUGCUUCUGUGGAGGAUGCUAA